AGAGUUAGUAUUUGAAUGCACUUGAGAGGUGUUUUCAUUUGUGUGGGACUCUCCUGUGUGUUGUGUGUGUGAGUAUGAAGGCUUAUCAGCUCACAGCAGCUUUCUGUCAGGGCUUCUCGGCCAAGCGGCUAUCAGAAAGAACACACCACUGUCACCACAGGAAACUCACCCCUGUCUUUUCCCUUAGUCUGUUGUCAUUGUGAGGGAUCGUUCUGAGCCACUUUGACAUUCACCAUAUCCAAAUGGACCCUCUUGGAGGAAAAGAUAUUGAAGCAAACCCAACAGGUCGUGAGGAGAUGCAACUUCCUGUUCUGACUCAACCUGGCCUCGGAGAGACCACGACAACAGUGACCACUAUCUCUCAAACAGGAGGAGACUGGAGCACAGGACUGUUUGAAGUGUGCGGUGACACCAGCACAUGUCUGAUGGGUGCGUUUGUGCCGUGCUGUUUGGACCUGAGUCUGGCUCAUCAGUAUGGAGAAUGCAUGUGUCUGCCUCUGCUGCCUGGCUCCACGUUCGCCAUGAGGGUGGGCAUUCGAGAGCGCUUUAAAAUCAGGGGCAGUGUGUGUGAGGACUGGACUACGGUAUACUGCUGCUACCCUCUGGCCCUCUGUCAAAUGAUCAGAGAGAUGAAGAAGAGGCUGAAGACACAGAUCUACACCAUUUCUACCACGCUGGAGAGCUCCUGAGACACUGUGUGUGUGUGUGUGUGUGUGUACAUGGCUCAGAUUUUCUUCUCAUCUGUGUUUUUGGCAAUGCUAAAAGACUGAAGGGUCGUCUCAGCUGUCAGGAUGUUUAUUACCUGGGGUCCUGAACUUCAUGCAGGGUUAGACAUAUCAGUACUCUCUGCUUGAAGAUUGAUGCCGCUGACAUUUCAAACUGACGGAGAGUUGGGGUGACAUAUGAGUGGAGAAGAGGUUUCUGAUGGCUUCUGGGACUGUGUAUGCUUUGAUUUCAUAUUGCUCUCUCACGGUACAUAUACAUAUGUAGGCUACAUGGAUUCAGUCUGGAUUGUGUCACUUUUUUAAUUGUAUUUCAAAGUCAGAG